AUGCUGAGAUAUCUUCCUCUGUCUGGGACUCGUGAAAUGGCAAACGUUAUCCGUUCAAUAUGGAUAGAUGGAAGGGAACCUGACUCGUGUCCCCUCCACAAGAAGUUAUCCGUCAUGGACCCUAAGAAUCAUCCAGGAAUCUCCUUGUCGCAUGUUUUGUGCAAGCUUUUGGAGCGGAUUAUCCUGGACGACUCACUAAACAUCGCGAAGAAACAACGAGCGUCGAGCAAGCUGGCUUUCGUUCUGGCUGAUCUACGAUUGACUACGUGUUCAUCAUUAGGAGAGUGA